AUGGAGGCUGAGCUGUUCUGCGGAGGGACACUGGUGGGGCGGCGGUGGGUGCUGACGGCCGCCCACUGUGUCAGGAGGAAGCUGUACGUGCGUCUGGGGGAACACGAUCUUAGAGACCACGGGGCGGGGGCGUAUGAGGUUGAGAUGAAGGUGGAGAAGGCCUUCAAACACCCAGCUUAUGACGACUCAGACCACAUUGAGCAUGAUAUCGCUCUUCUGAGGCUCCCCAGGGCGGCGCGGUACACAGAGGGGGUCCAGAAGGCGUGUCUACCCCGUCUCCACGCCCCCCCGCCCCCCGCCAGGACCCGGUGCAUCAUAUCUGGGUGGGGGAAAGAGAGAGAGACGCAUAUAUUUGGAUCAGACGUGUUAAUGUUUGCUGAGGUGACUCAGGAGGACCUCUAGUUUGUGAGGACUCAGGAACUUACACUUUGCAAGGCGUGACAUCCUUUGGGGCAGGUUGUGGAGACAAGAAGAGCUAUGGGGUGUACACGAGGGUUGGAGAGUAUAUAGGGUGGAUUGAAGAAGUGAUGGGGGGCGUGUGAG